AUGUCUGCAGCCGUAACAUCGCUGGUACCGGCGCUCGACCACCUCAUCCUGCUCGUCAAUGAUCCUCGAACAGCCUCUACCCAACGUACAUCAGCACUCGAGCGCGCCAUUCUCCUGUUCUCCGAGCUAGGCUUUCAAGUUGUGCGCGGCGGUACCCAUGCUGACGGCUUGACAUCCAACGUGCUCAUCGUCUUCCCCGACGGUGUGUACAUCGAGCUCAUCCAAUUCGAACCUUCACCUGCACCAAGUUCAGGGGAGAGCCAGCAAGACUUCGAAACGAGAAGGAAGCGACACUGGUGGUACCACUGCCGACAAGGCUGGAUCGACUGGUGCUUGCAAGACGGUAUCAGCGACAAAAUUAUCGAGAGCAUCAACGAAAACGCGAAGCGCUUGAGGGAGAGCGCGCUGCAAGAGCUCAGUAAUAAGCAACGGGGCGAACAAGACGACAGCGUUCGAGUGAUAGCGCCAAGGCUAUUGUACCAGCAGCCACAGGAAGGCGGGAGAGUCACGACGACAGGCGACGAAAUCAAGUGGAAAGUCACCUUCCCUUCGCCACCUGGGCCAGGAGAUCGAUUGCCCAUAGGCAACGUCCGUUCGCACGUCCCAUUCUGGUGUGCCGACCUCACCCCACGACAACUUCGAGUACCACUGAAUUACGCACACCACGACAAUCAUUCGCCAGGAAUCGCCGAAAUUACGUUGCUAUAUGCCCAUGACACAGUCACGAGGUACCUGGACGUUUCGUUGGCUCUAAACCAACCAAUCAAGCCGGACACGCUCCCCAUCACAAGCGACUUUCAACUCGUGCCCAACGAGAUCCCUUACCGUCUCUUGUCAACGCCAGCCUCAACGCACAAACCAGAUGCAAACGCGGCAAAAGAUAUCACGACCAGUUCGCAUCACGAAUCUACUCGAUUGCUUGCAGCAGGCGGUAUGGAGACUCGCCUAAUACGAGUCGUGGUCAAGGUUGCUGAGGAUCCAGAGGACAGGCGAUGGAUCGAGGAGCACGGUGAAGGGUUAUACGAGGUUGCGAUAUACGUAGCUGCGGAUAAGCUACCGCCUAGCGGUCCUCCGGACGGUAUCGUUCAUAUAUUAACGCUCCCGCUUUCGAUCAUCAGACGCUGUCUUCCUUCAACGUAUCGGGAUUUCCUCACCAACAUCGAAUUCUUCCACUAUCCUCACGACCGAUCCGAUCCUCAUCAGCACCCCUACAUCAGUCGUUCCUCGUUGAUCGUCUCAAAUUCGACGAUGUCCAGCCAGGUCGAAGAUGCCGGAGCUCUACCUAUCGAUGAUGAAGUGACGGUUUGCAGCGUAUGCAACAUCGUCCCACUUCCCAAGCUUUCCAAUAUUCAUUGCUUGCAUUGCUUCAGACCAUACGUUGACAUGGGCAACAAGUCCAGGAUUCCUGACGCUGCCAGCGCCUCUACAACAGAGGACAAAGACACACCCAAUGUGAUGCCACUUCAUAUGGGAACUAUGUUUGGCCUCAAUUACAUCAGGCACACCGUGUACAAGCUGCGCCGUUACGUAUUCGCCUGCGAUGUCGCAAGCCAAGUCAACGAAGCUGAAAGGCUUUCGGGAUCCCUUGGGAGCGGAGGUGAAGCUGUGCAUAAGCACUUGGAAGACUACUUGCGAGAACAAAGAAAGGCGACCGAAGAAUUCAUGGACCAGCUCCGACCAUACCUGUCGGACUUGAAGGGCAAGCGCAGGCGGAGAAGCCACUGGAAGCGUAUGGAAGAAGCCAUCAGGGUCUUCAUCGUCUCUAUCAUCUUCCCAAAGGGUACCGAUGAACGCCCUUACUCGAUGCUCGAGCUCACUUCGUCCCUUUCCGCCAUUCAGGGCCUUCUGGCUCGAAUCGAGAAGCCUGCUCAAGCUCCUGAUGCCCAAGCUCCUGCUGAAGCUGAAGACAGCGACGACAACUAG